CCUGACAUACCAUGAAAAACCACAACUGAGUUUUACAUAGCAGAGCAGUCUUAUGCAUAUGUAUGUGUGUGUGUGUCUGUGUACCUAAUAAAGAUCUCUACCGACUAAUAAUUGACUACAUAGGAGAGAGACACUAACAAAUCCAAACCAAGACAGAAAAGGAUGGCAGCGUGGGACCUUACAGUCACCGUGGAGGAUCUUGGUCCUGAUACCCCACCCCUCAAAAUCAGCGUGACAUCUGACCUCCACAUUGGCGGUGUUAUUCUCAAACUAGUUGAGCAAACCAAGCUGAAGAAGGACUGGUCUGAUCAUUCUCUGUGGUGGGAGCAGAAACAGCAGUGGUUGCUCCGGACCACCUGGACACUGGACAAGUGUGGGGUCCAUGCAGACGCUCGGCUCAUCUUCACCCCACAGCACAAGCCUCUGCGACUGGGCUUGCCGAAUGGGGCGACACUGAAAAUGCGAGCCUGUUUCUCCACUCCUGUGUUUCGCACUGUCGUGGGCAUCUGCAGGGUUCUCAAUAUUCGUCGACCAGAGGAGCUCUCUUUGCUUCGUCCUGUUGAGGAGAAAAAGAAAAAGAAAGAUAAAGAUUCCUCAAACGAGCUGUAUGAUCUCACAGACGUGCCUUUAACUGCAGGUUCUGUUCAAGCUCUGUACAAUGGCAUGCCGGCUCAUUUUGCUGAUUCUCCCAAGACUGAGGCUGUGUACAAAAUGCUUUCUGUCAGCCUUCCCUCCCCUUCCCCUGAAACCAUUGCCAAACUCUACCGGCCGGCAAGUGUGGUAGACAAAACACACAUUCACACCAGGUGGUUGGAUUCAUCUCGUUCACUCAUGCAGCAGGGCAUACAAGAGAACGACAGGCUGUGGCUUCGUUUCAAAUACUACACUUUCCAUGAUAUGGACCCCAAGUAUGACGCAGUGCGUUUGACACAGUUAUAUGAGCAAGCUCGCUGGGCUAUUCUCUUGGAGGAUAUAGACUGCACAGAGGAGGAAAUGAUGCUUUUUGGAGCCCUGCAGUACCACAUAGGAAAACUGUCCUUGUCUCAGGACAUGGUCUCUCCCUGUCAGGGGAUGGAUGAUUUGGAGUCUGCCCUGAAAUCUCUGGAAGUCAAGAUGGUUGGAGAGAGCAACAGCACGGACAUGCUGGAAAACAUGACCGCUCCAGAGCUGAAUGGCUUUUUGAAAAUAUUUCGGCCUAGGAAACUGACUCUAAAGGGUUACAAGCAGUACUGGUGCAACUUUCAGGACACAUCAAUCUCCUAUUAUAAGAGUAAAGAAGAACGAUAUGGAGAGCCUAUACAACAACUCAACCUGAAAGGCUGUGAGGUGUCCCCUGAUGUAAAUAUAGCAGGCCAAAAGUUUUGUAUAAAACUACUCAUUCCUGCACCGGAAGGCAUGAACGAAAUCUACUUACGAUGUGAAAAUGAAAAGCAAUACUCUCAGUGGAUGGCAGCCUGUAAAUUGGCCUCCAAAGGCUUGACGCUAUUGGACAGCUCGUAUGAAAAUGAAGUGAAGAACAUCCAGACCUUCCUCUCCAUGCAGCGUUCCAACUCAUCAACUCCAGCUACACAAACAGAUGAAAGCAUUAACACACACAGCCUUGUCUCACCAAGAUACCAUAAGAGAUACAAGCCCAAACAGUUAACCCCUCGUAUCCUGGAGGCUUUUCAGAAUGUUGCCCAGCUCUCCUUGACAUCUGCCAUCUUAAAGUUUCUGCAGAUCUGGCAAGCGCUGCCUGACUUUGGCAUUUCUUACUUCAUGGUCAGGUUCAAAGGAAGUCGUAAGGAUGAAGUUCUGGGCAUCGCUAACAACCGUCUGAUCCGUAUAGAUCUGGGAGUUGGAGAUGUGGUGAAGACGUGGCGCUACAAUAACAUGAGACAGUGGAAUGUUAAUUGGGACAUACGACAGGUGGCGAUUGAAUUUGAUGGAAACAUUAACAUCGCAUUCGGCUGUGUGAAUGCUGACUGUAAGGUUGUGCAUGAGUACAUUGGAGGAUAUAUCUUCAUGUCCACACGCUCUCGAGUCCAAAGUGACACACUGAACGAAGAGCUGUUCCACAAACUCACCGGUGGCCAUGAGGCUCUCUGAGCACAAAGCCACAACAGAGAAAAAAAUUACUAAGCUAUGGAGGAAACAGUGUUAUAACUGCACAGCAACUGUUUUAAACAAUGAGUAAUCAUUUAGUGAUCAAUCUAAAAAUCAUUUAUAUUGAGAAUGCUUGACUAACUAACUCACACCAUGUAAAAAGCAAGUUAUGCAUGUUUUCAGCAAGAAGAAUAAACAAAUUAUAUGUA